AUGAAAUUCUUGAUUGUCUUCGCUCUCGUCGCGGCUGCGUCCGCAGCGCCCCAACAGCGGUUCAACAUCGGUGACAUUGGAAACAUCAUAAACGCCAUCAACAACCCAAGCACCCACCCUAACAUGGAAAGCGCCUUCUGGCAAAUGCUCUUGAAAGCUCUAAACAUCAAGCCACCAACAACCGAUGUCUCCGUCGGGCCCGCUAUCAUUGAAAAACCAUCAGAAGACAUUUCCAUGGGACCAGCCAUCAUCGAAAAACCCUCAGAAGAUAUUUCUAUGGGACCAGCCAUCAUUGAAAAUCCCUCAGAAGACAUUUCUAUGGGACCCGCCAUCAUCGAAAAGCCCUCAGAAGAUAUUUCCAUGGGACCAGCGAUCAUUGAGAACCCCGACAACGCCGUAGUUGGACCAGCACUUGUUGAAGAGCCAGCUGAAAUUGACACUAACCCCGCCCUCGUGCCAGAAGGUUUCCCAGCGGGAUUCAACCCCUUCAACUUCAAGGGUCCCCUUGUUCAGGUCGUAGUCAACGUUGACUCAGAAUCUGACGCAGUUUCAGUCGACCAGAUCAACAACCCUGAACAGGUUGACAUCAACCCCGCCCCAGUCAUCAUCGAUGAUGGUGAACAAGCCGAGAUUAAGCCAGACCCAGUCAUCAUCGUCGACAACGAGCCUGAAGUUGACGCCGAGAACAUUAACAUCGAGAAACCAUCCCUUACCCCCGAAGUCACUAACCCCACUGAACAACUCAACUAA